GAAAAACAGAGGAUGAAUGCUUUCUUCUAACGCGCUCCCUCUCUCUCUCUCUAACAAUCUUCUGACUUCUCCUUCUUCCUUGUCUUGUCGACUGUCACUGCUGAAUCUGCUGCUACUGGAUUCUGGAAGCUAUUGGGCUAUACAUAUACUCAUUUUUCAUUUGUAUCCGACGAUUAGGGAUCUGAUACCGUUGUUUUCCCGGAUUCUCGGUGCUCCGAGUUUACGAUUGAUCCUCUUCGUGCCGCUGAAUCUGGUUUGGUCAACGGAGGGAUAAAAGGUUAUGCCUUUGCAAGUAUUUGUUUUUCAUGUGUGGACCUGACUGGUGUUUAACCAAGGAUGGAUGUUUGAAGGGGCUAAAAGGAUAGUUACUUUGUUGUAGUCUGGAACUAGAUCUUUGAGAUUUACAGCGUGUCCCUGUUAGUGGGACAAUUAUGCCUUCUUGGUGGGUUAAGUCUUCAUCUAAAGAUGAAAAGAAGAAAGCAAACAAGGAGAGUUUCAUUGAUACGUUGCAUCGGAAAUUUAGAAUAGCGUCUGAAGAGAGGUCUCGCAGUGGUCGGUCAAGAGGACGGCGUAGAUGUUGUGAUGACAUUUUUCCCGAAAGAGAUGCUAUAUCUAGAGUGCCAUCAAGAUCUCCAUCUCCUUCUACUCAAGUAUCACGUUGUCAGAGUUUUGCAGAGAGGUCUCUCCCUGUACCUCUUCCGCUUCCUACCGUGCGUCCUCCUAUUACGAGCCGCAUUGGCUCGGGUAUUAAUGCAUCGAAAGGACUGAGAUUGGAUAGAGGUUCUAAGCCUUCUUUUUUGCCACUUCCAAAGCCCCAGAGUGCGAUGAGCAGGGUCGAGAACACGGGUACAGAGGCUGAUUUGGCCACUGCUUCUGUAUCAAGUGGAAGUUCUGUGGGUGACAACCCAUGUGACUCACUUCUCAGUCCCUUGGCUUCUGAUUGCGAAAAUGGGAACAGAGCUGCUGGCAAUUUUUUGAGGGACCAUUCUCCUCAUGGUGUCAAAUACUCUGCUGAGCUACUAAUGCCAGUCCAUAAUUUAAGUAAUAAAGCCCAGAGUCUGUCUACAUCUCCUAAGCGGAGGCCUCUUGGUAGCCAUGUGCAGAAUCUACAAAUUCCUCAACGAGAUAUCCUCUGCAGUGCUCCUGACAGCUUGUUGUCUAGUCCUUCUAGGAGUCCAAUGGGAUCAUCUGUUCCAGAUCAAGUCUCAAACCAUGGAUUGUUAUCUGGAAAACCAUGUUCAGAUGUUUCCUUGCUUUGGUCUGGGCAAUGCUCAAGUCCAGGUUCAGGUUACAACUCCGGUAAUAAUUCCAUUGGUGGAGAUUUGUCUGGUCAGCUGCUUUGGCCUCAGAGCAGGUGUAGCCCUGAAUGCUCCCCUGUUCCUAGUCCAAAAAUGACAAGUCCCGGCCCUAGUUCUAGAAUUCAGAGCGGUGCUGUUACCCCUCUUCAUCCACAAGCGGGAGGAUCAACCACAGGAUCUCCAACUAGACGACUUGAUGACAGCAAACAACAAAGCCACCGCCUUCCUCUCCCUCCAUUAACAAUCGCAAAUACUUGCUCAUUUUCUCCUACCUAUUCAGCAGCAACCUCUCCAUCAGUCCCAAGAAGUCCUACAAGGGCAGAGGCUACAGUGAGCCCUGGAUCACGGUGGAAAAAAGGGCGUUUGCGUGGAAGGGGCAAACUUUCUUGUUUUAUCUGUCUAUUUUCAUUUUGCAGUGAAAGUGGUGAGAUGUGUGCCAUGAAAGAAGUUACUCUAUGCCCAGAUGAUCCAAAAUCGAAAGAGUGCGCCCAGCAGCUAGGGCAAGAGAUUGCACUUCUAAGCCGCUUAAGGCAUCCUAAUAUAGUACAAUACUAUGGCUCUGAAACUAUAGAUGACAAGCUGUAUAUAUAUCUGGAGUUUGUCUCUGGUGGUUCGAUCUAUAAGCUUCUUCAAGAAUAUGGACAAUUUGGCGAGAAUGCAAUCCGUAACUACACACAUCAAAUUUUGUCCGGGCUUGCUUAUUUGCAUGCGAAAAAAACUGUACAUAGAGACAUCAAAGGAGCAAAUCUAUUGGUGGAUCCUCAUGGACGGGUGAAAUUGGCCGAUUUUGGAAUGGCGAAGCAUAUUACUGCACAGUCUGGUCCACUAUCAUUCAAGGGGAGCCCUUAUUGGAUGGCACCCGAGGUUAUAAAGAACUCGAACGGCAGUAACCUUGCAGUGGAUAUAUGGAGCCUUGGAUGUACAGUUCUGGAAAUGGCUACGACAAAACCUCCAUGGAGCCAGUAUGAAGGGGUUCCUGCAAUGUUCAAGAUUGGAAACAGCAAGGAGCUUCCGGAGAUUCCAGAUCAUUUGUCUGACGAGGGGAAGGACUUUGUGAGACAGUGUCUACAGAGGAAUCCUCCAAAUCGUCCUUCAGCAGCUCAACUUUUAGAGCACCCAUUUCUAAAAAACGCUGGGCAGCAAUUGGAAAGGCCUAUCAUGAGCGUUGAGCCUGCAGAAACGUUGCCUGCGACGUCAAAUGCGAUGAGAUCGCCGGAUAUGGCAAGCUCAAGAAGUCUUCCAGGCUUGGACUCAGAAGAUGCAACCAAUCUCCAAUCGAAAGGAUUAAAACCCGUUUCGAUAUUUAGUGCAUCCCGUUCGCCUAGAAACAUGCCAUGCCCGAUUUCACCAAUCGGGAGUCCAAUCCUUCAGGGACGUUCGCCACAGCAUAUCAGCGGGAGAAGGUCUCCGUCCCCGAUAUCUAGCCCCCACUGUGUUUCCAGUUCAUCAACACCUCUAACCGGAGGCGACGGGGCCAUCCCCUUUCUUCACCAAAGACAGACAACGACCAACUUCUUGCAAGAUUCGUCCAUAGGAUCCAGCAGAAGCCCUGGGAACAGCAGCUUCUAUGGAAACAGCAAAAUCUAUCAAGAGCCAAGGCUGGACAUCUCCCGGGGCAGUCCCAAGACGCAGCCUCAUGUCUUUUGGGAGAACAAUGGUUCCAUCCAACCCGGGCAUGGGUGGAAGAAUCUCAGGGACAGUCAGCCAGUCCUGUCUGAUCAUGUGUCCCAACAGUUCCUAAGUGAGCAUCUGAAACUGAAAACCCUCGACCUGAGAUCCGGUUUCUCGUCUUAAAAUUGUAAGUCCUCUGUUUCCCCAGUGGAUAUAAUAAUCCCACACAGAAUUGACAGAAAAGUCGAGAACUUUACCAAAUCAAAAGACCAGAAGCUGCUUGUAGAGUUAGAAUCUAUAGGAAACCCAUCUAUACCGGGCUGCUGCUUCUUUUGAAGAGUAGUAGAAAUAGCCUGAGGAGAUCCGAGUUCGAGGGUCUGGAUAAUGGAUUUUUUUUUUUGGGGGGGGGGGGAUUUGGAAGAGAUCUUCUUUACAUUAGCGUAAAACGAAAAGGAAGAAAUGUAAUGUACAUUUUGUUGUAAUCUCUUUGGUAAAAAUGGGAGAGAUGUUGGUUUUGUGUGUACAGAACAGAAGCUAAGGGUGGAAGGGCUCUGUCCGAAUUCAAUGAUGUCUCAGAUUGUUCCUUUUA